UUUGUUUUGUUAUUAUUGCAUUAGAUUUUUUUCGCACGGUUUCUAUUAGAAUCCUUAUCAUUAAAUUCUAUCAAAAAAGUGAAAUAAUAAGACUUAGUCUAAAAAAAAGGAUCAGGUUACGUGCUGGCAAGUUAUACGUUGCAAGUAAACAAUGUCCGCAGAAUGGAGAUGCAUCCGGCGCAACCAGGACGAAUGUCGCCGCUAUCUGGACCAAUUCAAAGUGUUCGAUCAUCCGCUGAAGCAGUCCACUAUCACCGUGUUGGAAAGCAAGGGCACCCGAAUGAAAUCGUCCAAUAGCAACUUCAGUGAAAGUAACAGUGGUUCGUCAUCGACCAUUUCGCUGGAUCCGCUCAGUUUGGCCCUGGAUGGGUCCGAUCCAUUGAGUCAAUUUGCCCGGCAGGAUUCCGCUCAGGAUCCGCUGUCGCAGAUGGCCGCUGAGUUUGAAGGGGGUUUGAGUGUGUCUUCGGGCGCUUCUAAGUCGAAAAAGAAGGAGAUUACCAAUUUGUUGGAGAUGGAUUUGAUCGAACCGUGGGCCGGAAGGAGAGGAGCUAUUCUGAACAAGUAUACUACCAACGAGAAGUUGUCCAUUGUGACCAGCUUCCUGAAUGGGGGCGAAACCAUCAAAUCGCAAACGACCAUGUCCGAGAAGGUCAAGCAUCGGUUGGAGCAGCUGGACGAGUUUGAGGAGGGGACCGUUCGGCAGAUGCUGGAUCUGUCCCAGCAGGAAUAUGUGAUAAAGAUUGAGCAGCUGAAUCACGAGCUCGUCCAGGCGUGGAACACCGACCAGCGGGUCAAGGCACUGAAGAUUGCGAUUCAAUGCUCGAAAUUGUUGGCGGACACGUCGGUCAUCCAGUUUUAUCCGUCGAAGUUUGUGCUGAUAACGGACAUAUUGGACAUUUUCGGGAAGUUGGUCUACGAACGAUUGUUGAUCAAGUCUGGGGAAUCGGCUAAACCGGGACACAGGGGACCGGUUGGUUUGCCGGAAAACUUCACCCCGGAUAUGGUGCCCGAGUCGGCCAAGGAAACGUGCCAGAACUGGUUCUACAAGAUAGCGUCCAUACGGGAACUGUUGCCAAGAUUGUACGUCGAAAUGGCCAUACUCAAGAGCUACCGAUUCCUGACGGCCAACGAAUUCAGUUCCAUUCUGAUGCGAUUGACUCACAUGAUUCGAGGUGUUGGUGACCCGCUGGUGAACAUUUACGCUCGAUGCUAUCUCUGCCGGGUGGGAAUGGCCAUCACAACCAACCGUGACUAUAUUAAGGAGAAUCUAAACGAUGUCCUCACGAUUUACCAUACCAUCCUAAACGGAGGCAUCCGAGCGGAAAUCGCCAAACACCGGAUAACCCUGAACGGGUACAUAUCGCUGUUCCUUCCUGCUCUGGAUUGGCUCAUGCAGGGCGUCACGAUCCUCAGUACCGAUGCCGAGUUGGACGAUGUCCUGAAGCGCUGUCGUGACAAAAAGCACCCGGCCCUGCUUAUGCAAUCGAUAAUGCAAUCUUUCCGGCCGGACUUCAUCGCACUGCGAGCGGUUCCGUUUGUGGAGAUUUUGUCCACCGUCUCGGUGGAGGGAUCAUCGCGGGGGCACCUGCUGCGAAUUUUGGGCGGCAUUCUAAGCCAGACAGCGCCACCAACCGAGCAGAGGGCUUUGGUUUUGAAUGCAGCCUGGCGUACCAUUAGCGGAAUGGGGAACACGGAGGAGUACAUUCAGUGCGCCGAGAUGUGGUCCCAGUACACCAGUCAGCAUUUUGGGCUACGUGAAGUCAACGCCCUUAUGGGGGAUAUUCUGUAUCACAUGACUCCUAAUCGAGCCUACGAACGUCACUAUCAUGAGCUGCAGGUUAUUGUAGACAAGAUUGUUUCCAAUGCUCAGGACAUCCACGGCGUGUUAUCGCUGGACAACUUUUUGCCGAUGCUAGAUCUUUUUCAAAAGGAAGCUGUUAAGCUGGACGUUUGCAAAAGUAUUUUGAUGAGUUACAGAGCUGGUUCAGCUGAAUCGUACAUUUCCGAUCCCGUUGUUACGAAUGCUCUGAUGUAUAUUAGCAAGGUGCUGAAUGAUUCUGUGAAUGCCCUCACAAGCGAAGAUGAACGCCGCCAGAUCAGCAACCUGAUCAGCCAUUUUAUACGAAAGGUAGACUUUGGGCGCGACUUUGAACAGCAGCUAUCGUUCUAUGUCGAGGCUCGCUCCGCUUUCUCCAACUUGGAUCCCGUGUACUCGACAUUGAUCCACUGUGUCAAUCGCUUGGCAACUAGCACCCGCCGUAUCGUGAAGGGCCAGCAUACGAACAAAACGGCGGCUUUCGUAAAGGCAUGUGCCGCCUAUUGCUUCAUCACGAUACCCUCCAUCAUUGAUGUCAAUACCCGGAUGGAGCUCUACCUGCAAUCUGGCCAGGUAGCUCUGCUGAACGUGUGUCUCCAACAAGCAGAUUCCUGCUUCGAGGCCGCCCUGAAUCUCAUCCCAGAAAUCCCCCGCACUUAUGAACAGGACGGCAAACCCCAAUCCACCGAACCCUUCCUCAAAUCGUUCCUAAUGAACUUCCUUUCCACGCUCGUUAUCGUCCCCGAUAAUCCCACUCAAGGGGUCCUCUACCUCCUUCGACUUCUUCUCGAGGUCAUCAAGAAAUAUCCCUUCGAACCCAACUCGGAAACCCUCUCGUCAAUCUACCUACACGUCCUGGAUUUCCUAUCCGUGGCCGCUCAAGAGGUCUACCCCUAUCACAUCGUGAACGUGAUCUCCAAUGACGAGCUUUACGGUUCGGACCCGAAGUUCUUGGCCGAAAUCCACGCCAUUAGCUGCGAGGUGUGCGACGAGGUAUUGCAAAUACUCAAACAACUGCUGGAAUCGAACGCCAUUCGGCAACAGAGCCAACUAUCGCUGGAUCUGUUUCUGAAAAUUAUCACUGGGGCGGACUUGACGGUGGACCGCAUGUUCACGCUGACGUACAACCUGUGGAAUCUGGCGGCCAAGAAUCGGAACACGUUGGAUGCGAAACAGUUGCAAAAAAUACUCUCGUACACGGAGCAUCUGGCGGAAGUUUCACAAUCGGACUCACAGAAACAAUGUCUGCAACUGCUGCUGGAAAAGAUGAAGUCGCGAAUUUAAACCUAGCCAUAAAAGGUUCGUCUAUUUUCAUUUUUAUUUUUUUCAUUUCGAUAACGUACUGCGAAAAUUAGCUUUAUUCUUGUUUAGAGUAUAACAAAGUAUUUAAAGUGCCCCUUCAAUUAUUUUACUUGUUAUCUAUGCAAGCGCAUUCCUCUAGAUUUUUAGUACUCGAUAUAAAAA